CUGGUGGUCUCAUGUGAUCCCAGUUCAUGGUCCAAGUUCAUGCUCCCAAAAAGUCAAAAAUCUCAAAAAAUAAAAAAUUGGGACUCUUCUCAGAGUUUUGAAUAUAUUAUAUCUACCUCACUGAGAGGCUGACAGCUGCUCCUGAGUCACCUGACCCCUCAUUAAAGAUUAACCUUGGCUGCCAAUCAGCUGUCAGUGUAGUUUGUGUGUUGCCGUGGAGCCCUCAGGUGUGCUCAGGUGAGCUGAUGGCGUCCGGCAGAGCUGCCGACGCUCAGGAGGCUCUGCAACGAGCACGAAGGAAGAUAUUAACUCUACAGAACAAUAUACCCACUGAGGUGACCUCACCAUCAUGGACGCCCAGUGCAGAGCUCAGGGACUCUCUGGUGGACAUGUACACAGCUUAUCCUGAAGUAAACGAGGAGCUGCGACAGCGCCUGCCACCCUCCACCCAUCAGCCCAGAGACUCCACCCAUCAGCCCAGAGACUCCACCCAUCAGCCCAGUGACUCCACCCAUCAGCCCAGUGACUCCACCCAUCAGCCCAGAGACUCCACCCAUCAGCCCAGAGACUCCACCCAUCAGCCCAGUGACUCCACCCAUCAGCCCAGAGACUCCACCCAUCAGCCCAGAGACUCCACCCAUCAGCCCAGAGACUCCACCCAUCAGCCCAGUGACUCCACCCAUCAGCCCAGUGACUCCACCCAUCAGCCCAGAGACUCCACCCAUCAGCCCAGUGACUCUGAACGGCCUAUAGCUCCGUCUUCCUGCCCCCCCUCACCCCUCUCCCUCAGGAGGUCUGUCUCUCCUGUCUCACCCCUCUCCAUCAGGAGGUCUCUCUCUCCUCUCUCACCCCUCUCCCUCAGGAGGUCUCUCUCUCCAGGGGGACAGAUGGAUCUGGUCUCCCCCAGCAGAGGCCCUUCUCCUCGGGCAGAGAGUCGUGGAGACGGGGGUCCAUCCCUCCAGAGACACCUGCCGAGCCCCGAGGACAGGUCUCACCAGGAAGUUGUGUUUGGACCAAUCACAGCCUCCGGUCGAGCCCAGAGUUUAGAUCGAGACAAAAACAUCUCGUUCCUCCUGAAGGAGCUCGACACUCUGAGAGACGUCAACAAGAGGCUGCAGGAGGAGCUGCUCCAGAAGGAGAAGGAGCUGCAGAGGAGGGAGGUGGAGGAACAGCUGAGGGAGGAGAGGAGGGAGGAGAGGAGGGAGGAGAGACCAGCAGAGCUGCUGCAGCAGGUUCUGUCGGCGCAGAAGGACCGGGAUCAGGCUCUGAUGUCACGAAUCCUGCUGGCCAAUCAGGAGAGAGACGAGGCUCUUCUGAGAGCACAACAACUGCAGCACACUGAGUGGGAGGGCGCCCCCCCGCUGGACGCUGACAUGGAUGUGGAGGCGGUGCUUCAGGCUCUGUCUGGUGCCAGCUCGGUUCAGGUCCAACAGCUCGGCUCGGUUCUGAUGCAGCAUCUGAGGUCGGCACGGCAACGCAGAGUUGACAUCAUCGCCCAGGAGAUGAAGGCUGUGAUGGACGAGAGAGACGGGUCCGUUGCCAUGUGUAAACGUCUGGAACAGGAAGUGAUGCAGGAGAGAGAAAGGAGGGCGAGCGAGACGGAGCGACUGAGGGCAGGGGGCGGAGCACUGGACGACAAACGUCGGCUGGAGGCGGAGCUACAGCUGCUGCGAACCAAUCACAUCCCUCAAGACCCCCUCACUGCCUCGCAGCCCGGAGACACCGUCUCUUCAGCCCCGCCCCUCCAGGUGCAGCAGGCCCCGCCCCUUCAGGUGCAGCAGGCUCCUUCAGAGGAGAAGCGGAGCGUGGAGGCGGAGCUUCAGCGCUGUCAGGAGGGAGAGAGAGAGGCUAAAGAGAGAGUGCACAGGUUGGAGCGUCUGGUGGAGGUUUUGAGGAAGAAGGUCGGGACAGGAAGUGUCCGAGCCGUGAUGUGACCUCCGAACCAGGAAGUGCUUUAUCUCUCUUUCCUUUUGUUGUCACUGGUUAUUAUUUCAGUUUAUUUGAAACGUCUUAAAGGUGACUCUUUGUGUUUCUGUAAUCAUGUGAUCUGAUUUUAAAAUUAAAGUGAAAACAACCUGCGUUUUUAAUGUUUGUGAUUAAAUCUUGAUUUGUCGUUGUUAUGAAAUAAAGUCUUUAUAAUUAUGUUGUUUAGAACAGACCUUUUUUAUUUCCUGUUGGAUUGUGCAGCGCCGCUUCCUGUAACGAGCGCUGAUCUGAAUAAAGGUGAAUAAAGUCGG